AUGACUUCCUCGAGGCCUAUGUCAAUCGCCUCGUCCGACGCUACUAUUACUGGCACCUGCUCGGAUUCUGAUUCCAUCGACGAGCGUUUGUCGUUUGAUUACGAUUCCAUCAACGUUUGUCCGCCAGUUGACUAUGAUUCAGUCGACAAGCGGUCUUCAGUUCUUCCAGCCGAUUACUCCAAUUUCAGCCAAGCAUUCACUCGCGACUCCUUUUCCCUCGAAGAACUUCAUGAUUUUAGAAUUCUGAUCACCGACGAGCUGAUUCGCUUCGCCAGAAGUAACAGCGCCGCCAACGAAGCGGAUCGAAUCCGGCGGUUGAGGCUAUACAGCCGCGUCAAAGACCUGUUUUCUACCCUUUACAUGCAUCAAUUAGGCCCACCUAUGGAGCUUCGAAGAGCCUUAAUCCAGGCUAAAGGAAAGGAAGAGAAGAAGAAAGAUAAGGAGAUGAUUGUCUUCCACAAGGAAGUUGAGGCUCAGUCAGAGAAGGUGACUGAAGAGUAUGUGUCAGAAAUUAAGUCCCUUGUAGAAGACCAAGGUAUGUAA